AUGGCUAUAAGGCCGUAUCAGAAACCCCUUCUGGCCUUUCUUCUAGGCUUCGGAUUCUCGUCUCUUUUCAUGUCAGUAAAUUUCUCAACUCCUCCCCUCAUACACACGCGUUGUAAGUUUGCUAUUCGAUUCUUUGCCACACCUUAGCAUGUUGCGACAUAGUUAACAAAAGUAUGUUUCAAUACUGUGCCGCUGGAUGCAAAUUAGUCGGCAGGGUUCUUCCUCUAACAGUCAUGUUCUUUUUAAUAUUUGCCUUGACAACGCAUUCUGUGAGGUAUAAGAAGUGAAGGGGGUGAAGUUUUCACUUUCAUUCGGUAUCUUUUCGAUGACGAUACUUCGUAAGGUAGUGUGGUGAUGUCAUAAUAAGUUUAUCCGCUUGGGCACACACUCUUCGCAGUGCCUGUUAAAGCAACUGCUGUCAAUCCACACCGAAGGACAUCACAGAAGAAACCCCGGAAAUACGCGGUCUGCUCAUUAACCUGGCCGUGAGUCACCUGCGCGUCCACAGGUCACAAGGGCCUACUGAGAAGUAAGUAGACCAUCGGAUGCGCAGUAUCAAAGGCUAGAAUGCGAUCUUUCUGAUCCACUUGGCUAAUUUUGACCUACCGAAAUGCUGAAAUAGACUGAGUAUCCCAAAUACUACUUGGUCAGCCGUCAUCGCUGGCCCCAAUGCAUACGACCAGGAGAGGUAGACGGAUGCUUCACGCCUGCGGAUGACUGCGAUGGCCUUCGAUCCAUAGCCCCCUAGUCUGCAUCCCUUCGACUUCUACUCACGCAAUUUGUCGGAAAAAAAUGAUUUGUUCUGUUGUGGCAGCAACCUCGCGUGGGCAAUAGGUCGUCUGCCUAGUUUUCUCAAUGGGAGAAGUUCGCUUAAUGAGGUCGGGUAAUGCUCUCUCUGGAUCCCCAUAAAUUUCUGAUCGGUUCUUCGUAGCUGGCAUGAGGGUAGAAUUUACAGUCAGACUAGGCUUACCCCGCCCAUAAUCGGCUAUUCCUAUGCGGCCCCGUUCAAAUCAGCGGUAAACACUCAGAUCCCCAGGUACACCCCCAAGGACCGCGGUACAACUGCGCUUCCUAAACUCCAUUAUCCGAUUGAUGAGUCACUGGACCUUCCUGCAUAGCCACAGAAAACUACAUUUAGACACUAGGGGGGGGGGAGAGGACAUUCGAUUUCUCCCGGUUUAUCCUGCCCUUAAUUUGUCACACAUUGGUUAUCGCAGGCUUACGGAAGGGACACUUCUUUUAGGCAUUCUGAACUACUGUCUCAACUUCGCUCUGUUCGUAUCUUCAUUAUUUAUUUCUUUUUGAACCACCUUAACAAUUUUUGUGCGCUUGUGUAAAUUACACCUUUUAUGGUUUGUCUAGAGCUCACACUUAACGAUCACUUGUGUGUGGAUGCUGAAAAAGGCGUAAAAGGUGUUUAUUUCGGUACAUUUAUGUCUUAUGGCAGUCAUACAGCAAACACAAGUCAGAAGGACUCAAACUAAAAUCCUAGUAUGUGGCUUUAAAAAAAACGGCAGCUCAAAGCGUCAUUAACGGUAAUCUACGGGUCCCUUCGGUACUAAAAGUGACUGAGUCCCCCAAAAUGUGUCAUCAGCAGACCGUAGUUACAACUUUGCCAGUGUGUCUAGUCGCUGCCAAAUCGCUUCAGCAUUUAGGUCGGACAACGCCGGCCCCGUCAGUGCUACGACAACGUCUACCACCUCCGGAAACGCCUCCAUCGUCAUCCCUGCCGCAACCUCCAUGACGCUUGCGUCGGCGAACAUCAAUGGUAAGCCCCUCCGCCGCACACCACCACCACCAUCACUGUCACAAUUACGCACCAACAGCGACGGCGACUACCACCGCUCCCAUCCCCAUCAAUCCCACCGCCAGUGCUGA